AUGUCACUGCCGAGGCCAUGGGAGAGUACCUGCGCGCUCUCGGGCAACGGAGUCUCAGCGUACCAAAACGCUACAUGGAGCCUGCAACAUAUCACGCUGACUUUGGCUGCGCCUUCAAAUAACCUGAUAACCACUCAGUUCGAUGACGGUGGCGAAGGCGGCAUACCAGCGGGACACUCGCUCGCGUUCACAACAGCACUCCAGGGUUGGCGACGGGGCUGCGGCCGUGCGCGAGGUGCGCAUUCGUUGGAAACGCUGUUCCCAGAGUGCUACCGACCACAGGGACGACGCGUUUGGCACUUGUAUCGUCCUCUGAAGCGUAUGCAGAGCGCUGUAGCGUACUCAGCUCUAACGAUGCUUGCUGAUCUCUCAGGCGUUUCCGUGCUGCAACGCCGCGCUCGGUGCACCGAAGCCGCGCAGGGUUUUGUGUCAUCCACCUGCGCAUCGGGGUUGCAAUAUUCAUCGGGGCUCAACGGCGCUGCCGAGCACAGCUCAACGGCAAGUCACCGAGGCGAUGAGGCUCCACGCGAAAUUAUGUCCAGAUUUGUGUCGACGGUGCUGAAAUUGAAGCAUCACAAAACAUCGCACGCUCUGCUCCCUAUUGGGAACAACGGCGUCACAUCCGCAUCUCUGACCAUAGUGCAGCCUGGUAACUUCGCAUCCAACCCAUUUCGAACGAGCGCGCGGUCGUUGGUCGUGAUCAACCGCCGCAAGACGACUCCGAGCGCCACGGGUGAAACGGCGUCGCCACUGGUCGCCUCGGUGCGGACUAGCGGCACGUCUUCCGCGGACGCUUUGCACAGCGGAGGCGGCGUCAGCACACCUAUCAGUUCUGCUUACCAUUUUCGGAAUGUCCGUUCUAUGGCAGCCCGUCGCCGAUGGGCGGACCCCUUCUAUCGCCAUCGUGUUCUUGAGGCCCGGCGGCGGACUCUCAGUCGCAAGCGGCGUGUCGCUGCGGCGCUCGCCAGGGCAGAAGCCAACCACGAUUCGUCUCCUACAGAGGCAUCGGCACAGUUGGGUACAAAUCAGACUGGCUCCGCUCAUGGCAAACUCGUCAAGCAAGCAACAUCCAAGUGUCGUCGGGCGGGACCCGUCGAAAGCAUCACGCUGGUCGAUGAGAACCGCGCAAGACAGCUCAUUGCUUACGCGCAGUCGAACGCAAAGCGCUCGGAGAAGCAUCGUCAGAUGCGAGCCGACCGCAUUCACUGGAUGAAUCAGCGCUUAGCAGCUGGCGAAAAGCAGCGGAUGCGGUUAUUCGACCCAGAGUUUAGAGAAGCGCUCCAGCGGCGUCGUCGUGAAAUGGCGCUAUUACGGCACGCCCGGCAGGGUUCACACGGCGACGAUCGAGAGCGGUGCGUCGAACACGAAAGCACUUGCCCGGGGGAUGCCUGCUAA